GGGCAGAUGCUAUUCCUUCGGCAUCCCCGUGGCUGCAACCCCGCCGGAGCGCGUCCGGGCUGCCCGGCUGCAGGGGACGGUGCAGCGCCGGUUGGAGGAGGCGCCUUGGGGCGCUCGGGGCCGCGUCCUGCCGCUGCUCUGCUACGGGCGCGGCGGAGCGCUGCUGGAGAAGGGCUUCUUGGUGCAGGACGAGCGGGGGCUGCCGGAGACGCGAGCCUUUCUGGACGAGCUCCUGCGGGGCCUGCUGCUCCCGGCUCACCUGUGCGUGUACGAGGAAGGCGAAGGCGGCCGGCUGGGCUGCACCUGGUGGGGCUUCCAGGGGGCGGGGAAGGAGAGCCAGCUGCUGGGCAGAGCGAACGUGGUGGCCGCCGAAGAAGCGGACUUCCACCCGGCGGUUCCUCACCACCUGGGCGACACCGUGUUCAGGUCUCGGGAAGCUGCCCGACAAGUGCUGGAAGAAUGCACUUCAAUAAUUCCUGAAUCCAGACUGGUUCUAGAACUCGUGGAUAAGUGUCCUAAACAUCCAAAGAAAGGAAACUUUCCUCUAAUCGUUAUUGAAGGACUAGAUGCAACAGGCAAGACAACAGUGACCCAUUUUUUGAAAGACUCCCUGGACGCCGUACUCUUGAGGACUCCUCCAUCGUGCGUUGGCCAGUGGCGGAAGAUUUUUGAUGAUGAACCACCCCUCAUACGGAGAGCCUUCUAUGCACUGACUAACUACAUUGUGGCUUCUGAAGUAGCCAAAGAAUCCUCUAAGUUUCCAGUGAUUCUAGACAG